ACCCCAGCAGCCCCCCAGACUGCAUCCCCCAGGAGCACUUUGAUGCCACGCUGCACCUCGAGACCGAGGUGUUCUUCCAUGGGAUGAAGGGCUGCUCCCGUGGGGACACACAGAGCACCAGGGCUGCCCACAUCGUCCGUCUGCAGCCCGAGCCCAGCUUCCCCAUCACGGAGGUGAACUUGUCCCUGAGCUGUCCUGAAAGAGCCGUGAGCAACCAGAUCCUCAUCCUGCAGAGCCGGGCCAACGUCACCUGGUCCCUCUCCGUCAACAACUGCCACAUCCAGUUCCUGGUCUCUGGGAGCUACAAGAUCGCUCCCAUCUCCUCGAUAAUGCUCCCUGGGGAGCUCCUGCCCGACUCGGAGCGGGGCCUCAUUGCCAAAGCCUUCGAGAAGAACUACAGCAUCAUCGCCUCCUACUCCACCAUCCCUGCCAGCACCCGCGUCAGCCUGGAGAUCCAGGAGCACGAGGCAGUCAGGAGGGUGCCCGUGACACCCACAGCCCCGUUCCCCACCAUAUACUCACUGCCCCAUCUGCUGCUGCUGAUGCUCCAGCCAUGGAAGUGCACGGAUGAAACCAUGGAGAUCGUCAUCGCCAGGUCCCACCUGGAGCCCAUCAAGGACGUGGUGAACAUCACCCUGCGGGACAUCAGCUGCCAGGCAGAGAAGAACGCCACCCACUUCAUGCUGAGAACCCCCCUGAGCCACUGCGGCACCUCGCUGGAGGGCUGGGAGCACGCCAAGAACGAGCUCAUCCUCAACCUGGCCAAGGGCGCUGUGCCCCGGAGCGUGCGGGUAGCCUUCCAGUGCAAGAUC